AUGAUGACCGAUUACAUCUUGGAAAGGUGUCGAGAAGACAUAAACAAGGAAUGCCGUCCUGAAACCCAGCCGAAGGAUCUCAUUCGUAAGCUGGGUAGAGCUAUCCAACUUCACAACACCGAGGCGUGCAAAUUCAUUUACCCAGCUGGCGAGUUGGGAUACCUCGAGGACCAGCCUGAAUCCGACAAACUCUACGUUGAGGCCAUUGUAAUACUGGUGGAAGAGUUGUGGAAACCGUGCUGGAAGACCGGUGCAAGCAGAGAGACUUUUAUGGCCUCUAUUCUUGCUAUGACGAAGAGGUUUCGAGAUCUGAUGGUAGAGAGAGCGUACGUCAACGCGCAGGGUAGCCAUUAUGAUAACGCUUUACAGGCUGCAUCAUCUAACGGCCACCGAGAGGUGGUCCAACUGCUGCUAGAUAAGGGAGCCGACGUCAACGCGCAGGGCAGCAGAUACGGCAGCGCUUUACAGGCUGCAUCAUCUAACGGCCACCGAGAGGUGGUCCAACUGCUGCUAGAUAAAGGAGCCCACGUUAAUGCGCAGGGCAGCAGAUACGGCAGCGCUUUACAGGCUGCAUCAUCUAACGGCCACCGAGAGGUGGUCCAACUGCUGCUAGAUAAAGGAGCCCACGUUAAUGCGCAGGGCAGCAGAUACGGCAGCGCUUUGCAGGCUGCAUCAUUAAGGCCCCACCGAGAGGUUAUCCAACUGCUGCUAGAUAAGGGAGCCGAUAUUAACGCGCAGGGUGGCUCUUAUAAUAACGCUUUGCAGGCUGCAUUAUCUAAUGGCCACCGAGAGGUAGUCCAACUGCUGCUAGAUAAGGGAGCCGUGUUAUAA